GAGGCCACAACUCCACAACAUUUGUUUAAUCCGUCUUGGGCCAAGUCAUGGUCAAGCCAAGCACCCAAGCUAUGCCGUGAAGUGGUUGUUUACGUCCGGUGUGGUUUCUGUUGCCUCUAACCAUGUGUGGCGUUACCUGUGUUUGGUACAUGGAGAUUGUGCGAGACGUGAUACAGUCAGGAAUUGUGUGAACACAUAGUAGAGCGUCCUAGUUGCUUACUGGCUUACUGUUACAGACGCUUUUUGACAUGGAAGGAUCUGGCAAAAAAGGCACGUUCGGAAAGGUGUCCCUCGGAGCAAGUGUGUCAUCGCUCAUUGACCUUAAAGCGGAACUACUCCGGAAAAGGGAAGCGCUAAAGGUGCAAAAGCUGAAGCAGUUUCAGCCUGAAGACGGUUAUGUGAAACAGAAGCUCAUUCUUGGGAGUGACUCAGGCGGUGCUACUAAAAAGGAACCACCGAAAAAGACACCCGAGGCUGAAGAUAUUCCUGACGAAGAUCUGGAUCUGAAGAGAUCAAGGGCUGCACUACAACGCAAAGCCAAGCUUUAUGAGAAGCUUAGCUCUGGCAAAGUGAUUCCAGGCGAUGAAGAGGCAAGCCUAUACGUUGUGAACUUCCAGAGGAAGGCGAUGGAUGCAGCUGUCGAAGAGAGAGAACGGCAAGAGAUGCCCACUGUGCCUACAAGGGAAGAAGCUGAGCUCAAUACUAAGGAUGAGUCGGAGGCAGAUGACAACGUGCCAAGUGCAGACCACGAGGCCCUGGAUGAGAUCCUUACAGGAACAGAAGAAGAAUGGGUGGACUAUACCGAUGCUCUCGGGAGAUCCCGGAGGUGUAUGCGAAAAGACCUGCCCGCACUCAUUGACAGUGAUAAGGAACUUACAGGAAAAGCUGGUGUUGUUGAAGCAGACAUUCCUGAACGUACAGCGCAGUUCCUGGCACAUGAGCGCACACGCGAGCAGCUAAGGCAGCAGUGGCAGGAACAAGAGGCUGAGAAUGCGUAUAAAGAGUCGCUGCACUAUGGCGAUGUGCGCUUCCAAGAGGCCAGAGAGCAUGGUGUUGGCUUCUAUGACCUUUCUGGUGAUUCUGCGGAGCGCGAAAAACAAUUGGACAUGCUGAACAAGCUCAGAGAGCAAACAGAAAAACAAAAGGAGAUCUCGAAAAGGAUGAAAGAGAAAAGGAGGGCCAUCCUUGAAGCACGCCUGGCUAGGAUUCGUCAGAAAAAGAACAUUCCAGACAACAAGCAAGAGGAAGAAGAUAAAGAUUCAUCCGAAGAUGAAACUGAAACAGUUGACACCAGCAGCAAUGCCUCAGAUCGUUUGAAAAUUACUGGCAAUUCCGACACUCUGGAAGUUCCUGAAAUGCGACCGUGGGAUGAAGGCAAGAACUUGGCAGACAUGGUCAACGACCCACACUUCCGAAAGAAGAAAUUGUCUCAAGAGGAUUGGGUGGAGCUUCAGAGGCAAGAAAGACCGACGGAGUUUGCCCCUCCGUCUGCGUACCGCUCAACCACUGGUCCCAAGAGGACAAAGUACUCCAACUUCACAAGGGGGCAGACACAGUUUGGAGCCAGCGCAGACACCAGCAAUUUGCAAGAGACCGACCAAGCCCCACAACCAAGGCACCUGCAGAGUUCUGCCUUCGAAGACAUGAUUGCACAGAGGCUAGCUGAAGCACGCAGGGCAAGCGAACAGCAGUCACCAUGGGGUGGUCCCUUCUAAGGAAGUUUUUCCCGAAAUUAACAGUAAACAUUGUAGUCUCGACCUAGGCACAAUAAAUGAACUGCUUCCCACUA